AUAAUAAAGCCUUUCUGUGAUAUUAUUAAUUAUAUCUUGUACUAAAUAUAACAGGACGUUAAAUACUCAUUUCAUAAUAAUGAAUCGUAGACCAUCAGGAUUUUCUAAAAUACCAACAAUUGGAGCACGUUCAAUAUUAAUUGCUAUCGAUGGUUCAGAACAUUCUAAAAGAGCAUUUGAUUAUUAUUUAAAAUGGUUACAACGACCAGAUGAUGCAGUGACUAUUUAUCAUGCUGUAGAACCUGUUUCAUUACCAACUAUUUCAUUAUCAAAUCCAAUUAGUAUACCAAGUGAUGAAUGGUCAAAUAUUGUACAGACAAAUGUUAAACGUGUACGUCAAUUAGAAAAUGAUUAUAGUGCAGAUUGUUUAACAAAUAAUUUAACAUUUCAAUUUUUAUAUGAAUCUGUUGAUCAUAUUGGGUCAGCAAUUAUUGAAAAAGCUGAAAAAUAUAAUGUACGUUUAAUUAUUAUUGGUAGUCGUGGUCUAGGUGCAAUCAAACGUACAAUUAUGGGUAGUGUUAGUGAUUAUGUGGUACAUCAUGCAAAUACAACUGUAUGUGUUGUACCAUGUAUUGAAGAGAUCACACAGAGUACAACAACAUAAUUCCAUGGAAAAGAUAUAUAUUUAUAAUGUAUACUUACGUAAGUAUAUGAUUUGAAAAAAUUCAUAGUUUACUGAGUAAUUCAUUUGACAUUUUUUUCUUUGUCAUCAAAAAUGUUGUUGUCUAUUUUUUAUGUAGAAGUAACAAUUAUUUAGAUGUGGUUUGUAUCAUUUCUCUUCAUUUCAUUCUAUUAAUUUUCAUUGUGUCUACUUCAUAUAUAUUGUGUUAUAAUAUUUUUUUGAUUGAUUUUAAAAUACUACUGUUUUCCUUUAUAAAGUAGUAUAUUUUUUUAAGGUAAAAUGAACAAAAAUGUAGAUUAGUAUUCAUAAUGGGAACACUUAAAUUUUUCAAUAUAUUUUUGACACUUCUUUAUAUAUAUAUAUAUAAGAAUGUUAUCAAUAA